AUGGCCGAAAACGUCACACAUACCGAAGAUGCCACAUUAGAAGGCGGCAAUCCUCCCAAGGAGCCAGGCGAAACACGCCCUGCUGCCGCUGCCACCGCCACCAAGCACAACGGUGCCGCUGCUGCCCCUGCCACCAAGUCAUCUGCCAUCCUCGCCAACUGCGAACCCAAGCCUCUCAUGGCGACCCCUUACUCGGAUCGCAUUCAGGCCGCCAUUCGCGAUGGUAGCGUGCGCAUCCCCACCGAGGAGCGCGAGAUUCGCGCACGCGAACUCCUCGUCUUCUCCGACAGCGAGACCGAAUCCAACCUCUCGCGUCCUCCAUCGCCCGACCGCGACCGCUACCCCAAGCACCGUCUCAGCGGUCUCCAGAGCAAGGACCAGACCAUCGUCAAGCAUGGCCUCGAGGCCGAAGGUCCCGAGGGUCUCGCCGCGCGUCUCGAGCUGACGCGCGAGAACAGCCCCUACGACUUUCGCGCGCAGCUGGCUCCUCCCAGCUUUGCCCAGGCAGGUGGUCAGCUUGACGGUUCGGCCGCAAGCACCUCUCCGCCCUCGCUCGUCUCGUCGAGGCGUCCAUCGGCCGGCACCGCAGCGCAGGCCAAUGCCGCUGGCGCCGCUGCCGCGGCUGCAGGCGCCUCGCGCCCCUCGUCGCCUCCGCCGCGCGCCAUGUCGCCCAGCAAGGCUCCUGCUUCCACCAAGAUCAGCCACAGCACGCUCUCUGGUGGCACGAGUGCCACCUUCGCCACUUCGCCACGACCCCAGCCUCCCGUCGAGCCCACCCGCGUCCCAUCCAGCAGCGGCGAACAAAAGGAAAAGCCCAAGGAGAAGGAGCCCAAGGGAAUGUUCCGUCGCAUGCUCUCCGGUGCCGGCGGCGGUCACUCUGACAAGGACAGAUCCAACGCCGACGCGGCUGCUGCUGCCAGCAGCCCUAGCCGCGAGCGCCCGUCGCCUCGCACCGCAGCGAGCCAGCAGGGCAGCGGCUACAUUUCUCCCAUGCGUUCGCCCUCGCUCAGCCGAGGCUCGACGCCUCCCCUGAGCCCGCGCAACGAGACGGACGAGGCAGCGCUCGCUUCAGGCUACCAGGCUAUGAACCUCACCAGCCCUCCGAGCAGUCAGCCUCCCAGCCGCAACGUCUCGAUCAAGCGCAAGGACGGCAAGUCGGACAAGGACGCAAAGGACGGUGGUGCCAGCGAAGGGAGCCGCCUCACCGUAGCAGCGCUGCGCGACUGGGAUGCCAAGGGCAAGCCCGAAAAGUCGAGCAAGAAGUCCGACAAGGGCAAGGACGGCGACGCCAAGUCGACCGCCAGCUCGACGCUGCGCGACAUGAUCAUGGGCAGUGCACCCAAGCUUUCGCGACGUGGCUCCAACACCAGCCACGGCAACAAGUCGGACGGAGGCAGCAAAAAGGGCGGAAGCACUGCCGGCGGCGAGACCGCCAGCCUGCUCAAGAAGUACGGUGUCUGCGAGAAGGCCGCCAUCGGCAAGGGCGCCACUGCGGUGGUUCGCCUAGCACACAAGUGGGAUCGAUCCACCGAGAAGCUGUACGCGGUCAAGGAGUUCCGUAAACGUCGCAAGAACGAGACGGAGAAGGAGUACGUCAAGAAGCUCACGUCCGAGUUCUGCAUCUCUUCGACGCUGCACCACAUCAACAUUGUCGAGACGGUGGAUCUGGUGCAGGACGAGAACCGACACUGGUGCGAGGUGAUGGAGUACUGUCCCGGCGGCGACCUGUACGCGGCGAUCAAGCGCGGUGGCAUGUCGCAGGCCGAAGUUGAGUGUUCCUUCAAGCAGAUCCUCAACGGCAUUUUCUAUCUGCAUUCGAUGGGUGUUGCGCACCGCGACAUCAAGCCCGAGAAUCUGCUGCUGGAUGGACACGGCCACAUCAAGAUCACCGACUUUGGCGUCUCGGACGUGUUCCGCAUGUGCUGGGAAAAGUCGACGCACUACUCGAAAGGUCUCUGCGGGUCCGAGCCGUACAUUGCGCCGGAGCAGUUUGAGAAGAAGGAGUACGACGCGCGGCUCGUCGACGUGUGGGCGGCGGCGAUCGUGUUCUACUGCAUGCAGUUCCAGGAGCUUCCGUGGCGCGUGGCCAAGAUGUCGGAUCCGACGUUCAAGGAGUACGUGCAGUCGUACGCGACGAGCGCGGCGCCGUCGCCGCUGUCGAAUCUGAGCCCGAGGGAGUGCAGGCCGCUGCUCAAGAAGAUGCUGUGUCCGGAUCCGAAGGCGAGGUGGACGAUGGACGACGUGUUGAAGGAUCCGUGGUUGAUGUCGGUGCCCGUGUGUGAGGAGGGCAAGCAGAACGAUCAUACCCAUUCGAGUGCUCCGAGCAAUUCGUCCUGA